AUGUCGUUCCUCGCACGCAACUUCUUCGGCCAGGCAAGGCCAAGCCUUUCCCGACAGGCUGCCUCUACAUUGGCAUGGGGCAUUCGACACGAGACUUCAUCCGCCGCCGCCAAGACGACUGUCGCCUCCGGCUACGCAUCCAGCGAGUCGGCUCCUCCGACACACUACCGCAUUACACUACAACGAUCAGGUAUCGGCAUGCCUGAAAAGAUCAACCGUUCACUCCAGGGUCUUGGCCUCAAGAAGCGUCUUCAGUCUGUCUACCGCCCCAUCGGCCCCGACAUGGCUGGUGCUAUCCUCGCCGUCAAGGAGCUGGUGCAUGUCGAGAAUGUGCGACGAUUGCAUGAGGCAGACCAGAUGCUGCUGAGCGACGAAGAGGCUAUCUGGAUCAACGAGGUGGGCGAAAUCGUCGACCCUGGCAAAGCAGCCAAGAAGGCUCCCCGGGGCUACAAGAUCGUUGGCAACGUUGUGAGCGAACUUCGCGAUCAGGAAAUCAAGAACGGCUCUUCAGCAUAA